AUGGAAAGCGAGGUUUUUCUUCCCCAUCUGGAGCAAUUUAUGCUCAGCCCGCUUGUCAUUUGGGUGAAGACAUUUGGGCAAAACGAUGGGAACAUGACAUUGGAUUAUUCCGAGUUACUGGAUGGGGUAGUUUUGAACAAGAUCAUGAUUCAAAUAAACCCCAAAGCGACUCUUCAGAGCAUCAACAAAGUGAACAACGACCCCAGUCAGAGGAUUCUGAACCUGACCGUUCUCAUCCGUCAAAUCAAAACCUAUUACCUAGAGACUCUGAGGCAGCUGAUCAUGAUGCCCUUACCCAACUUGUUGGUGCUUGGCAAGACUCCUCACUGUGAGCAAAGUCUGGAGGAAAUGAAGAAAUUACUUCUUCUCUUAUUGGGCUGUGCUGUCCAGUGUGAGAAGAAAGAGGAGUACGUGGAACGCAUCCAGACCCUCGACUUCGACACGAAAGCAGCAAUAGCUGCUCAUAUCCAAGAGGUUACCCACAGUCAGGAUAGUGUACUGGACCUCCAUUGGCUGGAGGCCAGCGAGCUCUGUGCUGAGGACCUGGAGACCCUGUUCAGACGCCUGGUGGACCAGAGAGACACACAGCUGGAGACUAUUUUAGAGCUAAUGCAGGAGAGAGAGUCCACCUCGUCACCCUCUCCGCCCAGCGCCCAGUCCCCCAGCGACUGUCCCAGCAUGCAACAGCAGGCGGCAUCCCACCAGCACCUGUCUGUAGAGCUGGCCGACUCCAAGGCCAAGGUCAGACGGCUGCGUCAGGAGCUAGAGGAGAAGAGUGAGCAGGUACUGGACUGCAGACAGGAGCUGGAGAACAUGGAGGCUGAGUUCAAGAGGAUUCAACAGGAGAACUCUGUGUUGCUAGCGGAGGCCCGGUCAGCCCGUACGUACCGUGACGAGCUGGAUGCCCUGAGAGAGAGGGCCAUCAGGGCUGACAAGCUGGAGAGCGAGGUGGGACGAUACCGCGAGAAACUACACAACAUGGAGUUCUACAAGGCCAAAGUGGAGGAGUUGAAGGAGGAUAACUGUGUGUUGCUGGAGACCAAGGCUGUACUGCAGCAGCAGCUGGAGGGGUGGAGGGCCCGCUCUGAUAAACUACACCAGCUAGAGAAACACAGUCUGCUGCUCAACGCCAGGGUCCAUGUCAUGGAACAGGAGAAGGAGGUGGACAGGAGGCGCAUGGAGGAGCUGCAGGAGGAGAACCUGGCCUUGGAGCUGGCCCAGAGGAGGAGCAUGGAGGAGUCACAGCACCUGGGAUGGGAGCUGGAGCAGCUCUCCAGGAGCCCCGACAACUCACAGGGUCAGAAGUCUCUGGGUGAGGAGGUGGUUGAUGGGACUAGGAGUCAUCUGCUGAGGCUGGAGAGAGAGAACCAAAGCCUGCUCAGGACCAUAGAGGAUCUGAGAGCUGCUGACCUCAGCCUGGGACCGCAGCACAACCAUAACCAUGAGCACACGCGGAGGGACAGCCAGCGACCCACAAACACGGUUGAGGUGGUUAGAGAGUACCUUGGCAGUUUAGACAACACCUCCUGGGAGCAGUCUGAAUUGGUCAUCAAAGAGGAUUGUGACAUUGACAUAGACACAUCACAUCACACAAAGUGCAACGGAGUGUCGGUUGACCUAGAGGGAGAGAUUGACCGACUGGAGAGAGAGAGCGAGACCCUCAAGGAGAAGAUGGACCUUCAGAAGCAAGAGAAAGGCCAACUCGAAGACGGAGAGUCUUGCCAUCUGAGUGACCCCAUGGCUGACCCGGAAGCAGUAGCUAAAGACAACACCCGCAAUCUCCUUCAACCAGGCGCUUCAGUGUCUCUGACUCGCGACACCUCACCCUGCUCUAAGAACAAGAGUCCACGUCGGGAGAACAGUAGCACGGGGCUGCAGACGAGGGCUUCCUCUUCAUCCACUAAGCACACAGAGCGCCUGGAAGCUAAGUGUAGAGCCCUGGACACAGAGAACCAGCGGCUUCAGGCUGCCCUGGACAACACAGGCCGGAAGCUCCAGCGGCUGGAGGCCGAGGUCCACGAGCUGGAGGCUGAGAACCAGAUCCUGCAGGCUGGGCUGGAGGAGCUGAGGAUCUCCUCGCGGCGCAUGGAGCAGCUGGAGCAGGAGAAGCAGACCCUGGAGCAGGAGGCUUCAGGCCUGGAGAGAGAUAAGAGGAGGCUGGAGAAGGAGAACCGCAGGCUGAGGCAACAGGCAGAGAUCCAGGACUCUACCCUGGACGGGAGCAACCUGAGGGUGGCUAGUCUGGAGAGAGAGAACAGGGGGAUGGGGAAGGAGGUGGAGAGGCUGAAGGAGGUGGAGGAGAGGGUCAAGGGGCUGGAGAGGGAUAACAGAGAGCUGGCCAAGCAGGGAGCGAUCAGCCAGAGGGCCCUGGUCACCCUGAGAGAGGAGUUGGUGAGUGACAAGCUGAAGACCCAGCAGAGGGAGAAUGAGCUGGAGAGGCUGGCCCAGGAGCUGGAGAUGAGAGUCCUCAACCAGGACACAUCACCACAGAGUGACGAGGAAACUCCAGACAACAGGUUCAAGAUGUUGGAGUCUGAGCUGGAGUCGUCUCUGAAGAGGUCCCUGCAGAUCAAAGAAGACAAGAUGGCUGCCGUUGAGGCUCGUCUGCAGGAGUCCUCCACCCUCAACCAGCAGCUACGUCAAGAGCUCAAGACUGUGCGUCUGAACUACGAAGCCCUGUUGCAGAGGGAGGAGGAGGAGCAUGCGGCCCGUAGCCCCACCCCUCAGAGGGAGAGUGACAGGGCGGUAAGCGGAUGGCAGCGGGAGAGCCAGGAGGCCACCAGGGAGCUGCUGAGGGUCAAGGACCGCCUCAUCGAGGUGGAGAGGAACAAUGCCACACUGCAGGCAGAGCGUCAGGCACUGCAGGCCCAGCUCAGACAGCUGGAGACCCAGUCAGACGGCCUGCAGGCUCAGAUCCUGGCCCUGCAGAGACAGACCGCCUCCCUGCAGGAGAACAACACGGCUCUCCAGACACACAACGCUAACCUGCAGGUGGAGAAGUCCACUCUGAACUCCCAGAGUGCAUCACUCCUGGCCCAGAACGCUCAGCUCCAAUGCCAACAAUCCAGCACUGAGGGUGAUAAGGAGGUGGCCAUGCGUGAGCGCGAGGAGCUGCGCGCCGUGUACGACCAGCUCCUGAGGGACCACGAGAGGCUGGCGGCGCUGCACGAGAGACAAGCCAUGGACUACGAGGCCCUGAUGGGAAAACACGGCUGUCUGAAGAACGUCCACCGCACUCUGGAGCUGGAGCAUAGAACGCUGGAGGACAGGUACAAAACGCUGCUGCAGCAGAAGGCCAAACUAGAAGGUCUGGAGAAGGCUCUGAGAGAGGAGCAGGACAAGAUGUCUGUGGAGAAGGAGCAGCACAGGACCACCGCCUCAGAGUGUCGACAGCUCCGGGAUGAGAAGGACUGGCUGAACCAGACGUACCGUCAGCUGUUGAAGGAUCAGGAGGAGCUCCAGGCGGACCAUAAGAACAUGAAGACCCUGCUGAACAGCACCAAGCUGGAGCAGACCAAGCUAGAGUCCAACUUCAACAAGCUCAGAGAGCAGUACCAACAGCUAGACAUCACCAACACCAAGCUCACCAACCAGUGUGAGCUGCUGAGUCAGUUGAAGGGGAACCUGGAGGAGGAGAACCGUCACCUGCUGGACCAGAUCCAGACCCUGAUGCUGCAGAACCGCACCCUGCUAGAACAGACCAUGGAGAGCAAGGACCUGUUCCACGUAGAACAGAGACAGCACAUAGACAAGCUGAAUGAGCUGAGGAGACAGAAGGAGAAGCUGGAGGAGAAGAUCAUGGAUCAGUAUAAGUUCUAUGACCCCUCACCCCCACGGAGGCGUGGGAACUGGAUCGCCCUGAAAAUGAGGAAGCUGAUGAAGCCGAGGAGCCGCGAGCGUUGUGGCCCCGCCUCCUCUUCUGACCACCAUCGCUCCCUCACCCCCACACGCUCCGGGUCCUUCGAGGCCCUCCCGCCCACCUCCCCCUCUGCUCCCUGUUGCCAGGACAACGACUCCUUCGUGGGUUCGGACGGCUCGGGUGGGUCCACCACCUCCCCCCGGAGGAGCAGCACCCUGAAUGACCUGGACAAACUGAAUGACUUGGUGUACCCCUCAACCCUGUCUGAGGACCCUGAGCAGCUAGAGGGGUCAGAGGUCAAGAAUGACAGAUCCAGGAAGGAGUCUAUGACCUCAUCCAUGAGCGACUCCAUCUUGUCCAUCAUCAACCAUCAACACCAGCUCACCACCACUCCUUUGUUUUAUCCCACCGCCACUGCUGCUGCCGCUGCCACUGAUAGCAAUGAGCCAUGUUUGACAGACAAGGAUUAUAAUGACAGUGCUGUGGCGACUGACUUUGACGACGGUGAUGAACUACAAAACCACGGUCUGAAUGGCGUGCCGAGCCGUGCCCAGAGCCAGAGCAGCGGAGAGUUCAGCCUCGACAACGAACCCUGGUCCAACGGCAGUAGCCCGGUCCAGCCGCCUCCGUCAUCCCGCCGCUCCUCUUCCUCCUGCCUUCCGCCUAGCGAUACCUCCACCCCCCGACACACACGGCAGAACCCCUCGCCGACCACACACACACAGCAGCGAUCCACUUCCUUAACACACACCAGCAGCAACAAACACAGAGAGAGGGUAGGAGUAAAGAACUCCUCACCUAUUGCCAUAGCAAACACCCAGGGUUCAGUUCCCUGUAGGGGGAGGGAGGUUGGUAGCACCCAGGACCCCUGGCCCAGAAGGAGUGUCCUCAGGAGGUGCGCCAGCGGGAGCAGAGCCCCCCAGCAGCCUUCCGAAGGGAAUGUCCCCAAAACAGCUCAGGGACAGGUUGCUGUACUAUCUCGAUCUGGAUUAGGUCUGAACAAAGCUCCGGAGACCACCACCACCCGAGCCUCAGCCAUGUCCCCGAUCGCGGUGCUCUACGUCCAGGGUAAAUCUUCCUCUGUGUCUGGGUGUCUCAACUGUUUCUCCACCCCGUUGGGGAAGGAGGCGCGUCUAAGAGGGCCAUGGUCUCCUACCUCUCUACCCCGGGCCAGUAGCGUCAUCUCAACAGCCGAGGGUUCCUCGCGACGAUCCAGUGUCAACAGUGACUCUAGGGUGAUGGCGAAAGUAGGUCCCUUACCUAUCAUGGAAUCUGAUGGGAGCCCGAAUCAGGAGACGGACACGGUUAAUCAGAAUCAGAACAAGCAGAACAAUCCAGAAGAACGAGACACUAAUAAUCAACCACCACCACCAAGCAAACCCCCCAGAGACCCAGUGGUAGCCACCGAUCGACCCAAAUCCACCUGCCAGGAAUCCCUCUUCGGUGGCACCCCGUUCAACCUAGACUCUGUCUUCUCAGACACUAUCUUUAGCGAGUCGGUAGUCACCACCACUACUAGUAACAACGGCAAUAAUAACGAUAAGAACCAGACUUUCCUCUGUCUGAACCCAGAACUGGUGCGUAACGUCAGUUGCUCGCCGCUGAGUCAGGAGUCCACUAACGGCACGGCACCGGGACGCAUGGACAAUGUACGGAGCCAAAAUGGAGGACAAGAAGACUGUGAGAGUAAUACUGUGGAAAUGACUCAGUGCUGA